CUUUUAUCAUACUAGGACCUCCCACACAGCACACAAAUAGGCAACCAAUUUCCUCCCCAAGUUUCAGUCUUCCCGUAGCUGAAGCUCAGCUUCUCAGCUCUGAAAUGGGAACCCCAGACACAUCUGUGGGCAUGCUCACUGCCACAGACUGCCUGCAGGAGGGACAGAUGGGUAAAAAGCUGCAAGGAAAAUAUCUCAGCAUCACCUCUCCUGAGUCUUCUGCUAAGCUUUACUGCUGCUAUGUAGUGAUCACAGUCCUCACUGUAGCUGUGACUGCGCUUUCUGUUGCUUUGUCAGUAAGAAAGAAUGAACAGACACCAGUGAAAAACACCUAUGCUGCUUGCCCAAGACACUGGAUUGGAUUUGGAAAUAAAUGUUUUUAUUUUUCUGAAUCCACAAGUAACUGGACCUUCAGCCAGACCUCCUGCGUGGCACAAGAGGCCCAACUUGCUCGAUUUGACAACCUGGAGGAGCUGGGUUUCCUAAGUAGAUACAAGGGGACUUUUGACUACUGGAUCGGCCUGCACAGAGAGUCACAACAACUCCCUUGGAGAUGGACAGACAACACUGAGUAUAACAACACGGUUCCCAUCCGGGGAGUGGAAAAUCAUGCCUACCUGAACAACAACGGGAUCAGCAGUGCCAGGGUCUAUGCAGAUCGAAGAUGGAUCUGUAGCAAACCCAACAGCUAUACCCUCCAGUGCCAAAAUUCUUUUUCUUCUUUCUAGCCUUUUCCAAGAGAUGCUUUUAGCCUGUUAUCUACAGUUGCUACUCUUUUCCACAUCUUCCCACAUCGCUAUCAAAAGGAACUUAGAAUAUUUCUUGACAUCACAAAUGAAAACCUUCUUGAAGAAGUGUACAAAGAAGGGAUUAGAAGAACAUAGAUGAGUCUAACAUAGAUGUCGGCACUCAGACCUUAAGUGUAAAGAACAGUUAAUGUUAGUGAGCCCUACUUUUACUUUUGUGCAGAGAAGUCCUUCUUUUGAAUCUAGGAGACCACAAAAAUGAGUUCCCAAAAGUGUGUGUGGAUGUUAUAUAGUGACACACAUCUGUGAUGCCUGACAGCUACUUAAGGGUUAAACAGGAGAGACACAUGUUCACAGUGGGAAGUGAAGUAUGGGAAUGCUCCCAUAAUGAUAGGAAAGAUAAGAAUCUGUAGCAUCUGAUAAUUUGGGGAAAAACAUUAUACGUUCUUUUCAAAAUUUAUGCUAACACCCAGAAAAAUUUAAAAAGUAUUUAAAACUAAUUUUUUUUACACUCUUUGAAACAUAAAUGACAGUCAAAAUCUCUCUCAUUUAUAAUGUUCUUAUUUCCAGUUUUACAGUUCUAAAUAUAAUUAUAUAAUUAUACUGUUCAAGCAUAAUCCAUUUUAUAAAUAAAUGCCAUUUAAAUUUUACCACUUCAUUGGAUUCAUUUCACAUCAAAUGGGAGUUAAACUCCUUAAGCAUUCAACACUUCGUUUUGCACUAAUGUGCAUGUUAUUGGGUCCUAAAAACAAAGUAUUUAAAAUCUUUAUAGAGUUAACUACACUGUACUGAUGAGUCCCAAAAAGGACGAAAUAACAGGCUACAAAGCAUCUCCUGAUCUUUUCAUCUUUUUCUCUCUCUUUUAUUCUAGAAUAGCUUAAUUUGCUAGGGAGCUAUGGGUAUGAUAUCUAUACUUGACCUCCUUGUCUUUGAGGAAAAAGGAAUGAGAGGGGCAAGGGAAGGGUAGGGGAGAGGGAAGAUGGAUGAGGGAGAAUGGGACUGGGAGGAGAGGAAGGAGGGGAAGCUGUGAUUGGCAUAUAAAGUAAAUAAACAAAACAUCUACUUGA